CUUCAGCCAUGCAACUCAGGACAACUUCCUUUCAAAACUUGAGUGUCAUAUCCAACUAACUCCAAAACAUGCACUGAGAAAAAUGUCUGACGACUUCUCCAUUUUCACCUCUAUGAGGUACGACGCUAAACUUGCACAGCUAAAAAGUCGGGGAUGUGGUGGUGAGGGCUGGAACUUUGAGAACAACUCUCCUCUGUACAUGCUUGACUUUCACCGCGAUCGGCUCUUCAAGGCAGCGACACAUUGGGGGUGGCAGUCCGCAGCAGAUCAACUAUCCGGUGACGAUGGACUGUCAUAUCUGGCUCAACUCAUUGCAAACUGUGUAGGACCAUCUCAUCCAACACCUUUGAAACUUAGAAUAGUCGUGUCUCGUCAAGGCGACAUCAGAAUCGAGCACUCCAGCACACCCGAGGUUCCCAUACAGAACCUCUUACCAGCUCGGCUUCCAGACCCUUUUCGUCCUUCGCUGGAAAGCGAACCACAGAAGGGUUCUGCCUAUACUGUUCUCUUGGAUCAGGUUUCAACGACGAGGUCCGAGUAUACUCAUUUUAAAACUACAAAGAGGGCCAUGUAUGACGCAGCCCGACAGCGUGCUGGCAUUAGUUAUGCAGAUCCCGUAGAGGUCUUGGUCGUAAACCAAGACGACGGUUCUGUGAUGGAAGGGACAUUUACUACGCCUUAUUUCUGGAGGGCCGGCCAUUGGGUUACACCACCCGUUGCAGCCCAGUUCAGCUGGGAGGAAGGGAAUGGCGGCCAAGAUGGAACCUCGAGACGUUGGGCAUUAGAACGGUAUGACUCCCUGUCAGUCAAUGACCAAUAA